AUGUCUUUCCCUCAGCUGGGGUACCCCCAGUUCCUCAGCGCCUCCCAUGAGGUGUACGGGGGCGAGCGGCCGGCCUCUGCCCGGGAGGGAGCUGCCGAGGGCGGCUUGAGCUCCUCUGCCACCGCCGCGGCUGUCGGCUCCAUGCUGGGGAUGUACGGGAGCCCGUGGGUGGCUCACAACUACAGUGCCUUUCUGCCGUACAGCGGAGCCACAGACCUCGCCCUCAUCUCCCAGAUGGGCUCCCAGUAUGAGUUGAAGGACAGCCCGGGCUCCCACCCGGCCUCCCUGCCUGUCCACGCCGCGCAGGGCUUCUACCCGUACGGCCAGUAUCCGUACGGGGACCCGUCGAGGGCCAAGACGGCCACGCGGGAGACCACGAGCACCCUGAAGGCCUGGCUGCAGGAGCACCAGAAGAACCCGUACCCCACCAAGGGGGAGAAGAUCAUGCUCGCCAUCAUCACCCGGAUGACGCUCACACAGGUGUCGACGUGGUUCGCCAACGCGCGCAGACGCCUGAAGAAGGAGAACAAGGUAACCUGGGGCCGCAGCGCCGAGGACCGGGACGGCCGCAUCUUCAGCAGCGACAACGAGGACGAGCCCGGCAAGAACGGCAGCGACGACGAAGACGAAGACGAGGAGAUCGAUCUGGAAACUGUGGAUAUCGAGAGACCCGAGGAGCAGUGCGCAGAGGAGGAGCAGGGCUCCGCCAAAGUCGAGGCCGAGGCGGGCCUGUCGGCCAUAGAGCAGGCCUCGGAGCCUCGGAGCUCCGAGAGCGGCAGGACGCUUUCUGUGGAGGGCCUGAGAGGAGUGGAGGCGGCCAUUUCUCUUAAUAAAUCGCCCGUUGUCAAACUCGCAGUGGAUCAUUCUCCCAGCAGACAGGAGUGCCAGAGACCGGCUCAGAGCAAGCCCAAAAUCUGGUCCUUGGCAGAGACCGCCGCAGCCCCCGACAGCUCUCACAAACCUUCCCCUGCGGCCCAUGCGCAUCACCCGGCUUUGGCCUCAGCCGGCCACCCGGCCUUGCUCCCGGGUCAUGGGAUAUAUACGUGCCAGAUUGGCAAGCUUCACAACUGGGCCAACGCGGCUUUUCUGAACGCCAACUCUCUUUUGAACAUGAGGUCGCUCCUCGGUGGGGCGCCGGCCGGACACCUGCCUCUCCACGGCUCGGUGCCGGCUGCGCGUCAUGACGCACGGCCGGUUGCGGCGGGCCCGGGAACUUCGGGAACGGAGGAUGACAGUGAUGUCGAGUCGUCGGGAAGCUUCAGUCCAAAAAGAGAUGACGAAGAGAGCGACCACAGGCCCGAUCCCCUGAAGUUCCAGCUGAUCACUGACAGACCUCACCAUGGCACAGCAUCACAACGAGUCCUGACAACAACGUUAUGA